GUCACAGUAAAGUAUGUGCUCCCGCGUGUAGAAAAUGGCUGCGCUCUCCGCUAGUACGGGCGGAUGUAAAUAUGGCCUGUGGCUCGGCCUGCUAGUGUUCGCCGCGAGAUGCCUUGGCGUGUUGGGCAUUCUUUGCUACUGCGACGGACAUUGCCCGGACGGCAGACAAAAUGGGACCUGCGAGCUGCGAGCUGGAGGCCAAUGUUUCAGCGCUGUCGAGGAGGUGUGGGAGCCCGAGCUGGGAGAAUACGUUCCCGAGUGGUCAUUCGGCUGCUUGCCGCCCGCCGAGGGAGGCUUCAUGCAGUGCAAGGGAAAUCAAGUUCCUCACUUACAAGAGAAGAGCAUAAUGUGCUGUAACCAUACAGCUUUGUGCAACAAAGAUCAAUUCCCCGAAAUAAUUUACAAGCCUCGUCCUACCGCGGAUACCAAUCCGAUAGACAUCGAACCGGAAGCGCCGCUGAUCGUCCUGACGGUAGCGUUGUUAGUGCUUUUUGUCAUCAUCUCGAUAGCGAUAGUGAUCGUGUAUCACAAAUGCCGGAAGAAAGAGCGAGACCCAUGCCUGGUGCCGUCGCAAGGAACCCUCAGGGACUUUAUAGAUCAGAGCAGCGGAUCAGGCUCGGGAUUGCCACUCUUGGUACAGCAGACGAUCGCGAAGCAAUUAGCCAUGUCGCAGUGCGUGGGAAAGGGACGUUACGGCGAGGUAUGGCUCGCCAGGUGGCGAGGCGGUGAAAAAGUGGCGGUGAAGGUUUUCUUUACGUUGGAGGAGGCGUCUUGGUUCAGGGAAACUGAGAUCUACCAAACCGUCCUCAUGAGGCAUGAUAAUAUCCUAGGCUUCAUUGCCGCUGAUAUCAAAGGAACCGGCUCUUGGACCCAGAUGUUGUUGAUCACUGAUUAUCACGAGAGAGGUUCAUUGCACGAUUACCUGCAAACGACUGUAUUAGAUCAUCAAGCCUUGCUAGCGAUCUGUUCGUCGAUCGCGUCUGGUAUCGCGCACCUGCACACCGAGAUCUUCGGUACGCAAGGGAAACCCGCGAUAGCUCACAGAGACAUUAAGAGCAGAAAUAUUUUAGUUAAGAGAAAUGGAGAAUGUGCCAUAGCUGACUUCGGGUUGGCCGUUCGCUACAUCAGCGAGAGCGGAGAGAUCGAUAUCGCGCCAAAUGCUCGAGUGGGCACACGGCGUUACAUGGCACCGGAAGUGUUGGACGAGGUCCUGAAUACAUCUUCCUUCGACGCGUUCAAAAUGGCAGAUAUGUAUUCUGUCGGUCUCGUGUUUUGGGAAGCGUGCAGAAGGUGUGUCACAGGUGGUAAGAAUUCUAUGGUGGAGCCUUACGCCUUGCCUUAUCACGACGUCGUACCAGCCGAUCCGAGCUUCGACGACAUGCGCCUGGUAGUCUGCGUGAAACGAUUACGUCCAGUUAUUCCAACGAGAUGGGAUAACGAUACGGUCCUAUAUGCACUAAGCAAAAUAAUGUCGGAAUGUUGGCAUCCAAAUCCACCAGUUCGCUUAACUGCUCUUCGCGUCAAAAAGACACUGUCGAAACUACACGUUGAUAAUGUCAGCAUCAAGAUCGUGUAGUGCUUGACGUGAUUAUAAGAAACUGACUCUUCUUUUAAGCAAACGACUUCCUACUCCUGUAAAUAUGCCCUUAGUGACAAUAGAAUUGUUAACAGACUGCAGCCUGAAGACUGAUGAUUAAAAUUUAUAAGUAUGUGACAAAAGGCUCGUAUGAUAUAAAUCAGUCGAGGAGAAAGGGCUCUGAGCCGUGGCGAGAUGUACGUGUCAAAUUAUAAAAUAAUUUAUUGUUAAACUAGCAUAAAAAUUAAGAAUUAAACGUUUCGGUCGAAUUUUUGACCAUCUUCAGUAAAAUACAAUAGUUUUAUAAAGUGUCGUGACGGUUAACAUAUUGCAACGCAUGUCGUGUACAACAUUAUAAAACUAUUGUAUUUUACUGAAGAUGGUCAAAAAUUCGACCGAAACGUUUAAUUCUUAAUUUUUAUGCUAGUUUAACAAUAAAUUAUUUUAUAAUUUGACACGUACAUCUCGUCACGGCUCAGAGCCCUUUCUCCUCGACUAAAAUUUAUAAGAAUAUGAUUAGGAGAGAAAGAGAGUAUGAAUGCAAGCGUGCAUUGGCAUGAAUGACCGAUUGUAGAAGAUAAAUAACAUGUAUAUAAUGUGUAUAUAUAUAUCUAUAGUGUAUGUAUGUGUGUGCGUGAAAGAGAGAUGUAUGUAAAGUUUCUGAUUCCUUCAUCUUUCAUUGAAGAAAAGUCGUUUUUACACUGAAGAUCUUUAAAGAAAAGAUAAACGCGGAAGAUUUGAGACACCAUGUAUAAUUAUGUAUCUUUUAUGUUUCUGUGAAACGUAUCAUGGUUGGAGAGAUGACCAUGAUACGCUUCACUUUGUUAAAUCUUGUUGAAUGCGUAAUUUGUAAGUGAAGACUACUCUAUUUGAAAAUGGAAGUGUAAUAAUCAUAUAAUUAUAUAAAAGAGAAUUUAUACACUUGUUUUGAACUUAGCCGUGUAGAACGAAUUCAGCAUGGGAAAGUAUCGCAUACUCGACAUGUCACAAAUCAUAUAAAAUGUAUUUCCACGUAAAAUAUUCGCAUUUGCAUCGCGUCACUCCAUUCGGAAUUUGAAAGUGUGUAUAACGUGCCUAACGAGAUCUUGUAUAAACUAAGCUAAUACUACUUUGCGGCC